CUCCCUGCCGCUGUCCGGACCUCCCCCCGUACGUCCCGGUCCCGCCACCCACCCCCGCUGCGGCCCUCACGCCGGUCUCCCGCCCCUCGAAACCACAGAUCAUCUUCGGAUUCUUCCCCAGAAGCUUCAAGUAGGGAUAUGUCCUCAGCACCAACUACUCCUCCAUCAGUGGAUAAAGUAGACGGAUUUUCUCGGAAGUCCGUCAGAAAAGCCAGACAGAAGAGGUCGCAAAGUUCCUCACAGUUUAGGUCUCAAGGCAAGCCUAUUGAGUUAACACCUCUGCCGCUGCUAAAAGACGUUCCAUCCUCAGAGCAGCCUGAACUGUUCCUAAAGAAACUUCAGCAGUGCUGUGUCAUUUUUGACUUCAUGGACACGCUAUCUGAUCUUAAAAUGAAAGAAUACAAGCGCUCCACUCUUAAUGAACUGGUGGACUACAUUACAAUAAGCAGAGGCUGUUUGACAGAGCAGACUUACCCUGAAGUAGUUAGAAUGGUAUCUUGCAAUAUAUUCAGAACUCUCCCUCCUAGUGACAGCAAUGAAUUUGAUCCAGAAGAAGAUGAACCUACCCUUGAGGCAUCCUGGCCACACUUACAGCUUGUAUAUGAAUUUUUCAUACGAUUUUUGGAAAGCCAAGAAUUCCAACCCAGCAUUGCCAAAAAAUACAUAGAUCAGAAAUUUGUAUUACAGCUUUUGGAGCUAUUUGACAGCGAAGACCCUCGGGAACGGGACUACUUAAAAACAGUCUUACACAGAAUUUAUGGCAAAUUUCUUGGUCUUAGAGCAUUUAUCAGAAAACAGAUUAACAAUAUUUUUCUAAGGUUUGUUUAUGAAACAGAACACUUCAAUGGUGUAGCUGAACUGCUGGAAAUACUAGGAAGUAUUAUCAAUGGCUUUGCUUUACCUCUUAAGGCAGAACACAAACAGUUUCUGGUGAAAGUGUUGAUCCCUUUACACACUGUCAGGAGCUUAUCACUCUUCCAUGCCCAGCUGGCGUAUUGCAUAGUACAGUUUCUGGAGAAAGAUCCUUCACUCACAGAACCAGUUAUUAGGGGGUUAAUGAAAUUUUGGCCUAAAACAUGUAGUCAGAAAGAGGUCAUGUUCCUUGGGGAGCUGGAAGAAAUUUUGGAUGUGAUUGAACCCUCACAAUUUGUUAAAAUUCAAGAACCUUUGUUUAAACAAAUUGCCAAGUGUGUCUCUAGCCCCCAUUUUCAGGUGGCAGAAAGGGCACUGUAUUAUUGGAAUAAUGAAUACAUCAUGAGUUUGAUAGAAGAAAACUCUAAUGUCAUCCUUCCCAUCAUGUUUUCCAGUCUUUAUAGGAUUUCAAAAGAACAUUGGAAUCCGGCUAUCGUGGCGCUAGUGUACAACGUGUUGAAGGCGUUUAUGGAAAUGAACAGCACCAUGUUUGAUGAGCUGACAGCCACAUACAAGUCAGAUCGUCAGCGUGAGAAAAAGAAAGAAAAAGAGCGUGAAGAACUGUGGAAAAAACUGGAGGAUCUGGAAUUAAAGAGGGGGCUUAGACGUGACGGCAUAAUUCCAACUUAACAGAAAUAAUUACAGCAGCGUCACUAACCUGUGGGGUCACACAUUUAUGUAGUAGAAGAUGGAGCAGCAGUUUUCUGUAUUGUGCAACUUUGCAGUAGAUUUCACAUCUGUUUCAUUAUUACAACAGCACUGUAUAUACCUGUCUCUAAGUAAAGGAAAAAAAAAUGACUUCAAUCCAAAGUUUGGACAGUAGAUGGACUUCUCAGAACUUUGCAAACAUAAUCAUUGUUCUAACCCUCUUUAAAAAGCAAAAAGCAGUCUUCAAAGAUCUGUUGAUGAAAUUGCCGUGUUAAAAUUCUAUUAUCAGGAGUUCCUUAUUUAUCCUUAGCAGAGAGUAUGAAACAAUUUUCAAAUGUGAACAAUCUUAAAUUUAGCUUGUCUUUCUGCUAAGCUGUUAAAUGUAUUUAUAGUAACGGAAGAAAAAAAAAGACUGUCAUUUCCUUAUAAGUUUGUAUAACAUCCUCCUCUGGAUAACUUGACUGUAACUUAACAUCUUUUCCUUUUGCACAUCUUCAUGAGUUGAAUGUCCAUGUGGAAUGGGGCCAGGAAUUGUAAGGCCCCUGAUAAAAGUUUUGCUGACUGGAGUGAACAUCUUUCCAGUAACCAGGUAGCCCUGGUACUCCUUUAGUUUUAAAAUUAGGAGUAAAAGAGAAGCGGUGAUAAACAUAGUAGGGAAGGGAAUUUUGGAUUCCUGCAUCAGUUUAUGGCGAAUCCAAACCAAUGUCUUGAAUCCUUUGAAAACAGGCACUGGGACAUCAGAGGCUUCAGUAGCUGACCAGUAUUAGUUGCAUACAUCAUUGAACACACAUACCAGAGAUGUUCGAGAAAUGUCAGAAAACAUCCUUUUGGACCAUUUUGUAAUAAGAAAGACAAACACUAAACAGUACAACCAUGAAAUUGAUCGCCAGGAUUACGAAUUGGGAAGAGAGUUGAGCAAACAGCUUGGACUGUUUGGAGUUGUUGCCUUACUUUUUAAUAUGUAUUUAUAAAGUAUUCCAGCAAAAGAGGAUGUAGCCUCUGGGAAAAAACAAACAUAUUACAGUGUUUUUUGUAGAUUCUCGUUCUAUAUCUCAUCACAGCGCCAGCCCUGUUUUUAGCCGGAAAGGAUUCAGGAUAAACAUUACUAUGCAUUCUGAAUUGGAUGCAUAUUCCUAACUACUGUAUUUGUUACCAAAAGUGGUUCUACAAAUGCUACUGAAAAGAAUCUGGAAAUCCCUAAUGUCCUGAGUAUUAAUAAUAAAGUUUAAAAAUGCUUUUAUAUCAAAGGUGCAUUGUGACCAAAUUGUUUAAGAAAAAAAUGAAAAACAAACAAAAUUUAGGGCUGUAUUAUAGAUAUAUCUUAUUGGCUCUCUGCUUUGUAUUUAAAAGAGGAAUCUUACAUCUUAGGGAGAUAAAAUGCCGAUGAAAUUUGUGUCUAGUAUGUACUUACUUGAUGCGGUUGCAUUGUUAUGUACUGCAAGAUACAUGUUUUGGAACUUAUUUUCAGGAUGCUGUUGCUUGUUAUGGACGUGGCAGCAGUGAGUUGAUAAUCCUAAACCAUCCCCUCCAGCAGUAUUCGUGGCAUAGAGCUAAUUCUGUGUUCAUGUACUGAAUUGUGAUAGUAGCAAACAUGAACAUAUGAACUGUCAUUGCUCUUAAUAGAAAUAUAAUAUCAAUAUGGACUGGUAUAUUCUCUUCCUUCCACUUAAAUAUAAAGUAGAA